AUGUUGCUGUCCAAGUGGAAAAAGAUGGUGGACCAUCAUGACCAAGCUCAGGGUCACGAUAUCGUCAACAAUAAGAUAUGUGAAAAUCAAUGCAUUAGUUUUACAGACAGCACUUGUAAUGAAUCCAAUGCAUGCGGAAUAAUUGAAAUGACUUUUCCGGAUCAUGAAACUACGCGGAAUUAUGCCCAUCAUUUCCGUGGCUGUGAUGCGUCUGUCCUUAUAGCAACAAAGCCUGGAAGUAAGACAUUAGCUGAGAAGGAUGCAGAUGACAACAAGGACCUGAGAACUGAAGGUUUUGAUACUAUAAUGAGAGCCAAGACUUUGGUGGAGAGCAAGUGCCCUGGUGUUGUCUCUUGUGCUGAUAUUCUUGCAAUUGCAGCCAGAGAUUUUGUCCAUUUGGCAGGGGGGCCUUAUUACCAAGUGAAGAAAGGAAGGUGGGAUGGGAAAAUAUCAAUGGCAUCCAGGGUCACCUACAACCUCCCGCGUGCAAAUUCAACCGUCGAUAGACUGAUCGAACUCUUCAGCUCAAAGGGGUUAACCGUCCAGGACCUGGUUGUGCUCUCAGGUGCGCACACUAUAGGCUUUGCCCACUGCAAGCACUUUGUGGGCCGACUCUACGACUAUAAAGGGACCAAGCAACCUGAUCCUUCCAUUGAUCCAAGGCUCCUAAAGGCCCUUAAAAUGUCAUGCCCACAAGUUGGUGGCAAUGCUGACAUUGUUGCUCCAUUUGACGUCACCACCCCGUUCUUGUUUGACCAUGCUUAUUAUGCAAAUUUGGAGGCCAAAUUGGGCUUGUUGGCUUCAGAUCAAGGUUUGUUUUUGGACCCAAAGACCAAGCCUCUGGUCCAAGCUCUUGGUCAGGAUAAGGCAAAGUUCUUCCAGGCCUUCGCAGAAGCCAUGGACAAAAUGGGCUUAAUUGGUGUCAAAAGGGGAAGAAGACAUGGAGAGAAAAGGAUAGAUUGUAGCAUGCACAUGUGAAGCCUGUCGCUCCCCUCUUUUAUGGUUUUUCCCUUUUAGAUUUCUUCUUUUAUUGGGUUCUAGGCUUCUUCUUUUUUUUAUUUUAUUUACUGGUUUCUUAGGUUGGUUUUGGCUUUGAUCGUGUGGGAUUUGUUAUAGAUGAGGCUUUUGUGAAUGUUUUGAGAGUUUAUUUAAUCCCGAAAGAAUAUGGGAGACUUACUAUUUACCAUUAUUGUCCCAAGUUAAUAUAACUUCCCAUUACCUAUCAACAAUUUUCAUUUUUUAAAUUUUAACAGCCAA